AGUUGGUUGGCUUCCAGGUAGACGUACUUGGACAGCAACUUGCUUUCGAACCAGCCCAUUGCAGAGAAGCCCGCACGGAACAUUGACCCUGGCCACCGCGGCCGCGGCACCUGGGUCAGAGUGAUGAAGGUGCUGGCUCCAUUAUGCCCACCGUGGAUGAUAUUCUGGAGCAGGUCGGCGAGUUUGGCUGGUUCCAGAAGCAAGCCUUCCUGACCCUAUGCCUGCUCUCGGCUGCCUUCGCCCCCGUCUACGUGGGCAUCGUCUUCCUGGCCUUCACCCCGGAUCACCGCUGCCUGAGCCCCGGGGCGGCCGAGCUGAGCCGGCGGUGCGGCUGGAGCGCGGCGGAGGAGCUCAACUACACGGUGCCGGGCCCGGGGCCCGCGGGCGACGCCUUCCCCCGCCAGUGCCGCAGCUACGCGGUGGACUGGAACCAGAGCGCCCUGGGCUGCGUGGACCCGCUGGCCGGCCUGGCCGCCAACAGGAGCCACCUGCCGCUUGGGCCCUGUCUGCACGGCUGGGCCUACGACACGCCCGGCUCCUCCAUCGUGACCGAGUUCAACCUGGUGUGCGACAACUCUUGGAAGGUGGAUCUCUUUCAAUCCUGUGUGAACCUGGGCUUCUUCCUCGGCUCCCUGGGGGUCGGCUACAUUGCAGACAGGUUUGGCCGAAAAUUAUGUCUCCUGGCCACCUCGCUCACCAGUGCGGUCCUGGGUGUCCUCACGGCCGUGGCGCCAAACUACACGUCCCUGCUGCUCUUCCGCCUGCUGCAGGGCCUGGUGAGCAAGGGCAGCUGGACAUCCGGCUACGUCUUGAUCACAGAGUUCGUGGGCAUGGGCUACAGACGAAUGGUGGCGAUCCUCUACCAGAUGGCCUUCACCGUGGGGCUCGUGGUGCUCUCGGGGGUGGCCUAUGCCAUCCCUCACUGGCGGUGGCUCCAGCUGGCCAUCUCUCUGCCCACCUUCCUCUUCCUGCUCUACUACUGGCCCGCCGUGCUCUGGGGAAGCCACCCCGUGGUGAGGCUCUGCGUCUGCAGGUGCGUGCCCGAGUCUCCCCGAUGGCUGCUAUCACAGAAGAGGAACGCUCAGGUGAUGAAGAUAAUGGGCCACAUCGCCCAAAAGAACGGGAAAUCGCCUCUCGCUGAUCUAAAGAUGCUCUCUCUCAAAGAGGAUGUCACGGAAAAGCUGAGCCCUUCCUUUGUAGACCUGUUCCGCACGCCACAACUGAGGAAGCACACCUUUAUUCUGAUGUACCUGUGGUUCACGAGCUCCGUGCUCUACCAGGGUCUCAUCAUGCACGUGGGCGCCACUGGUGGGAACCUCUACCUGGAUUUCCUUUACUCGGCUCUGGUUGAAUUUCCCGCGGCCUUCAUCAUCCUGGCCACCAUCGACCGCUUCGGCCUCAUCCGCCCGUUGGCCACGUCCAAUCUGGUGGCGGGGACAGCCUGUUUCAUCAUGAUUUUUAUCUCACACGAUCUACACUGGCUAAACAUCACAGUGGCUUGUGUUGGCCGAAUGGGAAUCACCAUCGUGUUCCAAAUGGUGUGCCUGGUAAAUGCCGAGCUGUAUCCCACGUUUGUCAGGAACCUUGGAGUGAUGGUGUGUUCUUCCCUAUGUGAUUUGGGUGGGAUCAUCACCCCCUUCCUGGUCUUCAGGCUGAUGGGGGUUUGGCAAGGCUUGCCGCUCACUUUGUUUGCGGGGUUGGGCCUGGUUGCCGGGGGAAUGGCGCUGCUUCUUCCUGAGACCAAAGGGAUCACCUUGCCAGAGACCAUUGAGGAUGCAGAGAACCUUGGGAAGAUAGCAAAGCCCAAAGAAAACAUGAUUUACCUUCAGAUCCAGACAUCAGAAUGUGCCGGCACCUGAGAGAGACACUUCGCUCGGAACGAGUGGCAGAGAUGAAGAUGGGGUUUUCAUCUGAAGAAAUGCUUACAAACCCUUAUUUCUCUGUUCUUCGUCACUCUUGCCUGCCCUUAAACCAAUAUCCUGAAGAACACUGCAUGAGUUUUAUUUUCUUCCUUUGAAAUCUCCCAAAGCUCUGGUUAUCUUUCAUCUACUUACCUUUCCUAGUGAGAGCUGUUGGUGGUUACCAGUUACUAAUUAUCUAAAAUAUUUUGAAGAGUCAAUAGAAUUUAAACAUUGCUGUAAAAGAGGAUUGUGUUACUGGUUUCCCACUGUUUUAUUCACUCUGAGAGAAAAUGUCUUUGUAUUUGUAGUAUCUAUCCUGGCAAAAGUAUCUCAACAUGUAACUUUCUUGAAGGGCACUUGUUUCUCAAGCCUGGCGCCACUUCCAGCAAACCAUACCUGAGUCAUGUUUGCACACAACUAAUAGAAUAAAACCUGACCUUCAUCCAAAAGCAAGAAGUACUGUAAUCUUCUUAGGAAGAAGUUUUGGCCACCUCUGCUCCAGGAGUAUUGGAUUCAAUUUCACUCUUGGUUUUCAUUCUUGUUGGUGAUUCUAGAAGGUAAACUCCUACGCCAGCUGUAAAGCAUUGUACUAAAUAUAUCAAAAAGAGUUCAGUUUACUGUGAGUUAUGUGGUACAUGGUUCAAGUUCUGGUUGAAGAAGUGAUUUCAUUCCUAUAGAAUACAUACAAUUUUAUUUUAAAAUUUCUUUACCAGUGAAAUGAAUCAAAGACAACAUAGUAGACAGCCCUCAGAGUGUAUUGGGAAACAAAGUUCCUAAUGUGAACUGGGAGGGAUGGUGAAAGACAGGUGGUUGUGUCAUAAACACAUCUGGCCUCAUGGGCCAAGCUCAGUGAUCCUCUCAGGGACACAAGACCACGGCGUUCAGGCCUGAGCGGCAUUUGGUCUUCCUUUGAGGAUGGACAUUGGCUACUUGGAAAUCUACAGCUUUGCCCUUGACAAAAAGAAAGAAAGAAAAAAAAGGCCCUGUCUUCCGAACUCUAUUUUAAAAUCCAUCUGGCUACACGGGGAGGACCAGCACUUCAUUUCUGCUCCACGCCAAGGCCCUUGCCUGAUAUCUUUCUGAUCGUAACAUAUCCUUCAGUCCUAACAAAUAUAUAAUGUGGGCCUCAAAUCAUUUUUUAAAAUAUGUGUUAGAGGGAUCCCUGGGUGGCUCAGUGGUUGAGCAUCUACCUUUGGCUCAGGGUGUGAUCCCAGUCCUGGGAUCGAGUCCUGCAUCAGGCUCCCUGCAUGGAGCCUGCUUCUCCCUCUGCCUGUGUCUCUGCCUCUCCAGGUGUGUCUCUCACGAAUAAAUAAAUAAAAUAAAAUAUUUAAAAUA